AUGGCCCUUAUUAUCUCAGAGAUCCUUCAAAACAAUCCCAUCGGAAAUGCCCUCGAUGCCUUUCGCGACGCGUACAGCUUGACUUGUGAGAAAUUGGAACUUCCACCGUCAACAGACGCUCUUGGUCAAAUAAGCGAGAAAAAGUUCCAAAGUUUGGCGGUCCAGCUCAUAGUCACAUUACAACUCCUUUCUGCCUCUCUUCUAUUGCCCUCUCGCACUGGUCGUGGUCUUCUUGUUGCCGAUCUUUCCAGCCUUAUCCCUGCGGUUGUUUCGAAACACCUUGAUAUCGAACGCAUUGUCCCUCUCUUACGAGUUGUCAUAAACAAAGAGCCGGACGACAUCAUAUUCGAAAAAGCAUACGCCGCCGUUGUUGAGCCUACACCUCCUCCUCCUCCACCGCGAGCACAUAUUCUUUUCCAAACUCCUCACAAACACAGUACUAGUAGUAUUGUCAACACGUCCGAACAUCGAAAAUUCAUGGAUGAUUUGCUAAAGGAAGAGAUAGGACCUCUGUAUACAGACAUACCAGGUUUCUAUGAAGCAUUCUAUGGGAAGGUACCUCACCUGAAAGAGAAUGCUGAAACUGUGUUUCAAAAAUGCCCGAAAGGUGACACUCCUUUGUAUCACAAGAAAACGGGUUGGAGGGAUUGGCCGAUAGGGGCUAAGGAGGAGGAUGUAAUCCGACAGCCCAAUAAUCCCCUGGAAGGUUCUACAGCCGAACGAAAGCCGGACAUAUGCUUUGUGGACGACCCAAAUGGAAAGGAAGACUCCACAUAUCAUUGGUCGCGGAUUCUUGUACCAGGAGAGCCAAAGAGGAAUCCGUGUCAUGAUAUGGCCACGGCAACAUGGCUCGACCUGGCGAGAUAUGUACGAGAGGUGCUGGCCGCUCAGGAUACUCGUCGCUUUGUCUUGGGAUUUACUCUCUGCGGAUCGAUCAUGAGGUUGUGGGAGUUUGACCGUGUUGGCGGAAUUGCAUCGACACCAUUUAAUAUCAAUAGAGAUGGCCUGCAGUUCGUCUCGGUGGUGUUGGGGUUUCUCUGGACGGGCAAUGAGCAGCUCGGAUUCGAUCCCACUGUUGUCGAGUCGAAUGGAAUAAGAUACAUGAAGAUCACUCGCAAUGGUCAGCCCGAACGACUCGUUCUCGAGACCUUAAUGAAACGUGCGACUUCUGUGAUCGGCCGAGCGACAACUUGUUGGAAGGCUUAUCGCGAUGGAGACGAGUCCAGGACCCCUCUUGUCGUCAAGGAUUCGUGGCAGUUUUCAGAGCGAGAUGAAGAAGGUGAAUAA